UUCAUUUGAACGCUUAUCGAGAUCCAUGCAUGCAUGUAUCUAUGAAUCAUGUUCCGGUCCUUCCCGCCCCCCCUCCUCCUCCUGCUCCCCCUCCCCUCCGCUGUUGCGGCACCCCUGAGUCCCUCCCCUCUAGUGCACUCGCUCGGCUAGACGAUGCUGAUGCUGCAGGCUGUCCCCUACUGGUGGUGGUGCCCUCGCGUACGCCCUCCAGUGCGGUGCUGAGGAAGCGCGACUCGUACCCUCGCUGGCCGCCCUCGCCCGACUGGUUGGCACCCUGCGACCCCGGCUGCAACUCCUGCAGUGCCUCGGGGUCUGAACAGCGGAAUGCAAUAUGCAGCCAGCACGCACCACAAUCAAUCAAUCAAGCGAUCGGCCCCGCAGUACUCACCGAUUCCCUGCUGCAUCUUGGGGAGUAUGAAGAGGAGCCCGAAUGAGACGAGGCCCAUGAGCACCAUGGGGUUCUUGAACAAGACAAAUAUGUUGAACUCCUCACGCUUCUGCACACAGGCAGAGAAACAGCUGAGUGAGUGUGUUGUUGGUGUGUCCUUCCGGCCCUGCCCUGCCCCCCGCCCCACCUGGAAGUAUUUGACUUCAGCGUGUGAUGCGAGGCCUAACGGGUACUUGAGCUUCUUGCCCUUGCCUGCUCCACAGACAUGGAAUCCAUAUGGGGUAUGCAUGUGGAUGGAGGCCCCGCCUGUGUGUGUGUGUGUGUGUGUGUGUACCGUGUUCGAAUGAGAGGAGGAAGGCACUGACGGUGGCUUCACCCUGACGCCCACCAGCACUCACCUCCACCAACACCUGCACACCACACACCCAUGCAAUCACAGCCAGGACAGACAGACAUGCAGCUGUGCGGAUGCAUGCCUUUGGCUGUGCGCGCGCCGACUGACCGGGUCAUACUGGAGGAAGGGGUGAUUGACCUCCAACAGAUAGGACCCGAUGGGCAGCGAUGGACUGCACUCAACUCGUUACACACACGUGCCAGGGGCGUCCAUCUCUCUGUCUGUGUGUGUGUCUGUCUGUGUGUGUGUGCAGUGUAUGUGGUUACAUUUCGAAUGAUCCAUCUGCAUUUGGGAAUGCGGAGAAGGCGCCGCCGUUCAGGAGGAUGCGUACGCGAGAUAGGCCAUCUGCGCAACGAAGACCGCCACACCGAAACAUCUGACAAGAGGGAGGGUGUAUUGUCUGUUUCUCUCUGCUUGCCUCACCUUGUGGGCUGACGGACCCCGUCAGCGUAACCUCGUCAUCGGCAGAUCUGUGCGGCCGCACAUAGCACAUUUCACGUCUGAUCCCCAGCGGGAUGUUUCCUUCACGUCUUACCCAAGAUUGAGUAUGCUCAGGCAGGCAACCACAGUCACACUGAUGCGAAAGAAACGCAUUUUCUCUG